UGGAAGUUCACACUUCAGACACUAGSRAAUUAUAAAGGCGAUUUUUCGUGAAAAUAUCAGCUUUUUCCAGCUGAAAUUGUAAACACACAUUCUUUAGGUGUCAAGGAAUCAGCUGUUCMACUUUCAUCUCAUUUUACUGUGUUUUGGACGAGAAUUUUAGACAGUCUUAUCCAUCAAUGAAGACCUUCUUGCAAGAAGGAUGUGGAGAAUCAAGAGAUUCAGAACGUGAUCCAAGAAGUAGUCGAUCGAUAAACAGACAUCCAUCUCUCGCAGACAUCCCUACGAUCGCUUCWAACUGUAGAUCAAGCCCAAUAAUGYCAGAAGAAAAAGACUUUAAUGUGAACAAACCAUCUAAAGCAGCAGUGUUAGAUUCAGAUAUUGCCAGYACAGAGAAUUCGAUCGUAUUACUAGCCGCUCAAUCACAAGACAUCCAACAAGACAUAAGCAGUCUCGUACCUGCUACUCCUCCAAAGUUACCUAAAGAUCAAGCCACACAUCAACAAACUACAUCAACAGAAGAGCCUCUAACUCCUACAGCAAAUCUUAAAAUGUUYGUUAGUGCAGCAAGCCCAGCAAUAAGAGARCGAGAGAGCAAGAAACGUGAACUUUUCACCGACUCGGGGGAAUCUGAACCGCCAAGUCCAAACAACCCAUGUGUAGUACCAUCAUUUGCAUUGCCGAUGUUUGAUUCAAAAGUCGUAUAUCGUAAUGGUAAUUUUGUACAUAUUAAUCCACAAGAUGGKUCGGAAAAGAUGGCAAUCAGUCGAAAGGAUAAAUCUCUUGGUUUACUAUGCCAAAGGUUUCUUGCCAAGUAUCCUGAAAACCCUUUACCUGACCAAAGAAUUGAGAUCAGCCUUGAUGAAGUUGCAAAAGAUUUAAGUGUAGAGCGGAGACGAAUCUAUGAUAUUGUGAAUGUUUUAGAGAGUGUUGAAGUGAUCAGUAGAUUUGCAAAAAAUAGAUAUAUGUGGCAUGGKAAAACCAAGCUACCACAGACACUUGCUAAACUCAAGAAUUAUGCUAUGACCCAUGGUUUUACAAAUAAAGGAGGAAUUUCAGAAAAAGAAAACCCACAAAACUUCAUCUCAAAAAACUUUAACUUAGAGAAUCCAUCAAGCAACUUAUAUAGUCAGGUUAAGGGWACAAAACCUGGAACAAAUGAAAAAUUACCACAACUUUUACCUAAGAAUAGCAAAGGUUUCCUUGCUGGUAUGGGAUGCCUGUCUAGUGUUUUUGAUAACUAUGAUGARGAGGCAGUAGCCUGGGCAAGAAAACAAAAAGAAGCAGAUUAUUGCAGGAAAGACAAGUCUCUAGGUGUGCUGAGUCAAAAYUUUCUAAUGAUGUUCUUGAUAUCAGAGACAAGACAAGUUACUCUUGACGAUGCAGCAAAUCUUUUGAUUGAUGAGCAGGAAGAAGGAAAGGCCAAYUACAAAACCAAAGUGCGUCGUCUUUACGACAUUGCCAACAUCUUGUCCAGCCUUCAGCUUAUCCAGAAAGUCCAUAUUCACAAUAUUCAAAGUGGAAGAAAGCCUGGGUUUAGAUGGAUUGGAAUGGAUCUUGAUGAACUAGAAAUUCAAACAAAACAUCCCAUCAAAUCAUCCAAUGCCUCCAAGAAGACUGUAAAGGCAAAGAACUCAUUAGUUGAGAAGGAAUCAGAGGAAGAAAGUGCAUUUGGUCGUUUCAUCAGUCGCCGUCCAAGCCAACAACAACUGCGACGAAUCAAGCCUGAUAGAGCUGCUAAAAGCAAGCUUCCACGCUCAAGGUCUGAUAGAGUGUUAACCAGCAAAAAGAGGGUCUUGUCCUCUGAUGGCGAGAAUGUUAAAAGUGGUGAGGAAGAUGGUUAUUCUGUACAGGAAAUCAUUAAUUUGAAAGGGAAUAAUUCUACUGUAAGAAGUCCUGAUUCUGUGAAAUUUCACUCUGAAUUGAUGAAACUGAAGGAGCAAUARCCAGAUCGUAUGCAGCAGUUGRUGUCAGCUUGUACAACUUUACAAGGUGCACCCACUGARGARAAGAGAAGCAGAAGAACWCUCUUUGUUAGCGAAGCAUACGUGGAUGCGCCACUACCCAAGCGACGCAGAAGUGARGGUGAUGUUGUAGAAACUUCCUUUCCCUCACCUCCKAAACCAGUUAUCAGUCAASRYGCUGAAGAAAAGCAAGAUAGAGAACAAGGAUUGAAACAAGGAUCACCMGAGCAGAAGAUUUUGUUAGAAAGAAAGAAACAAAAAAAGCUGUUAGAAGAACAGAAGAAUUUUCAGCUUGAAGAUGAAAGAUGGAAAAGAAUGGAAAAAGAACUUCACAAGGCUUUUUCUAAACCUGAAUCAACAGUUUCAAACAAUGACUCUAAUUUAUUUGAUAAAUUCCAUCCAUCUAUAGGAAUUCAGGCUAGUCUUAUAGCUGAUGUUAGUCCUCURAAGCCACUUAGUCACUAUGUACAAAAUAUGCAACUGCCKAARGGUYCAAAUGGUGURCUACCAAACAGUACAAGAGGCUUGAUAUCUAACAGRACAAAUAGUSUACAYCAACAAGAAAUCAAGAAUGUGCCUYCUUCUUCAUCUCCUAGUUUUCAAAGUAUGGGACUUUCUCCUUUAGUAUCUAACUCAAUGAAUGUUUCUACAUCUGUAAAUGAAAAUACAAUGGUGUCCGCCUCUGGUAAUAGUUUGUCACCAAGGAAUUUAAAGCUGAUGUCCUUGGCAUCUGUUAACUUGCCAUCAUUAUGGAAAAUGCCAGCAUGCUCUGUGCCUUCGUUGCAGACCACUCAGCCAUCACUGUACCUCACCAUGCCUCAACAGCAAGUCRUGUCGUCUGCWAURAACAYUAAUCACCAGGGUCCUUCUUGUGUCAUGUCAACGUUAAAGACGGSUGGUGACYGGAAUGUCUUUGGUAAUGCAAUGCAAGCAAAGACAACUGGUUUACAGCCUCCGACAGUUUCCCUACCAGUGAAUAUUGUAGGUUCACUGAAUACCCAAGGAUUGAUCCACAAAACAAUGCCUUGUGUACAGAAUAACAAUACAKCAAGACCUGCUGUCAACAUGCCCUUCACACCAAGAAUGACKCUAGCUUCUGUACCUGAUAUGACAGGGGUACGACCCCUUUUGACCACACCCAACCAGGUGACUCCUAUCCUGCCUAAAGUCACAGGACAGCAAUUGUUUUCACCCAUGGCAUCUGGCACACCAGGUAGCGAUACCUCUUUCUUACAUUCAGAAAUAGCCAAGAAAUUAGRUAUGCCAGAAUGUAAUGUAACCCAAAGCUAAGGGUUUAGGAAUAUUAUAAUUAGGUUWACAAUUUUCCUCUUGAAUUCAGCUCAUUUUAAGUCUGAUCUGAAAGAUUACCUUCUAAAGUGUUCAUUAUAUUUUUUUAAAGAAAAAGACUUGAUWAGUGCACAUGUGAGCUGGUUUUAGGUAGAUAUUGAAUUCGGAAUAGAUUCUUUAAUGGUAUGGAAUAGCUACUAAAAGCAUUUAACUUUUUAUCGGGAUAUGAAUCACUUUUAUUGGCAUGAAAACUAGCAUACAUUUUCUCUGAUUUUUCAAUAUUUUUAUACGUUAAAAGCAAUUACAAAGAAACGACAUAUGGUARCAGUGAAUUAGUUUAUUUAUAUGUGAUUUCCUUUUUCAAUUAUUUAAUCGAUUUUAUAAUACAGGCAUAACAGUUAAGCAAGCUAACGAUAUUCAUCAUUCUAACUAUUUUUAUUACCUUAUUGGAAAUCGUUUUGGAAAAGAAAGCGUUAUUGAGGUACAAAAAUUAUAUUCCAAUCUUUCGUGAAAAUUGCGAAUAACAAGUUUAAACUGUUAAUACUGUGUUGGUUUUCAGGAAACCAAUCAGAGAAAAAAAAGGUUUUUGAACAUUUMUCUGUUUUAAUGAUUUAUACGAAAAGCCAUUUCAAUGUUAUAUUACGCCACAUUUUACGUGGUGAAUAACCAAUGUGAUUGGUCGAGCCUUUCGUGCUUUGCGUAUGUCAUCAAUUUUUGGCGGGAAAAACACAAGCAGUCAUCGACAUUUCGUCGACUAGUGUUAAUAUUAGAGAUUAUUAAUUCAUUAGAUUGUCUAAUGUUUUUCGUGUAAUGUAUGAAAUAAAUAAACUAUUUUGUUCACAAAGUC